AACGCUUCAUGAGACGGAACAUGUAGUCAAGCAUUGAAUGCACAAAGAUUAAAAAGUUUAGAAGCAAGACGAAAGAAUGGCAGCCGACCAGAAAAUGGAGGUUGAUGGCACCACAGCAGUAAACCAUGAAGGGAUUAAACAGUACUAUGUCAGUAAAAUUGAAGAACUGCAGCUUAUUGUUACAGACAAGACACAAAACUUAAGACGAUUAGAAGCUCAGAGGAAUGAACUAAAUGCUAAAGUGAGAAUGUUAAGAGAAGAACUCCAGCUCUUACAAGAACAAGGCUCCUAUGUCGGGGAGGUUGUGAAACCCAUGGACAAAAAGAAAGUGCUAGUCAAGGUACAUCCAGAGGGAAAGUUUGUGGUGGACAUAGACAAAAAUAUAGACAUAAAUGAUGUGACUCCAAACUGCCGAGUAGCUCUUAGGAAUGACAGUUACACAUUACAUAAAAUUCUCCCAAACAAGGUGGAUCCUCUAGUGAGUUUGAUGAUGGUUGAAAAGGUGCCAGAUUCAACAUAUGAGAUGGUGGGAGGUUUGGACAAGCAAAUCAAAGAAAUUAAGGAAGUCAUUGAACUGCCUGUAAAGCACCCAGAAUUGUUUGAAGCUCUAGGCAUUGCACAACCUAAGGGUGUGUUGCUUUAUGGACCCCCGGGGACAGGAAAGACCUUGCUAGCCAGAGCUGUAGCUCACCACACAGAGUGUACUUUUAUUCGAGUCUCAGGCUCAGAACUCGUACAGAAAUUCAUUGGUGAGGGAUCUAGGAUGGUGCGAGAACUCUUUGUUAUGGCAAGGGAGCAUGCACCAUCCAUCAUUUUCAUGGAUGAAAUUGAUUCUAUAGGAUCUUCAAGAUUAGAAGGAGGUUCAGGAGGUGACUCUGAAGUGCAAAGAACAAUGUUAGAAUUGUUAAACCAGCUGGAUGGAUUUGAGCCAAAGCAAAACAUUAAGGUGAUUAUGGCCACAAACAGAAUUGAUAUCCUCGACUCUGCCUUAUUACGGCCAGGCAGGAUAGACAGAAAAAUUGAGUUUCCCCCUCCUAAUGAAGAGGCAAGAUUAGACAUCCUGAAAAUUCACUCACGUAAAAUGAAUUUGACUCGUGGAAUCAAUCUACGAAAAAUUGCAGAAAUGAUGCCAGGAGCUUCAGGGGCAGAGGUCAAAGGAGUUUGUACAGAAGCUGGUAUGUAUGCUUUAAGAGAGAGACGAGUGCAUGUCACACAAGAAGACUUUGAGUUGGCUGUAGCCAAGGUGAUGCAGAAGGAUUCAGAGAAGAAUAUGUCCAUUAAGAAACAAUGGAAGUAGAUCUCCAGUGCUUCAUCAGGGUUUACUGCGCAUGUGAGCCAUAUCUAUGUCAAAGACAGUUUGACCUCCAUCUCAGCCAUUUCAAUACAUGUAUCAGUAUGUGUCCAGAAAAAUUAUUAAAUUCUUUACAGUUCA